AUUGUGCGUGACGAGUGCGGCAAGCUCGAACUCUCGGAAUCCCGUGAGAGAACCUCCCCGAGCGAGCAACCUUUGUGACCGCAACGGUGCCGAACUGUCUGCGAAGGAUGGCGGAUAAGAUAAAACAGUUCUUCGCGAAGAAAAAGCUCAACAAACAAUUCAAAAGAGCUGGUCCCGGUCAUUCGCUUGCCGAAGAAAAUUCAAGCUCGUCAACAAGUCCGUCAAGUUCUUCGAGUCAUCCACAGGUCGGCCCGACCCACCGGUCGCAGCCGUCAGAGCAAGCCGCGAGAGCUGGAGCCGCGGCUCUCGCCCGGCUCGAGGGGAUGAAAGGCGUGGACUUCUCACUUUCUGCGAUUCGAGCGCAAGCGAAGAAAGAAUUAGAGUUGGAGAGGCAGGCGGCGAUCAACAAAACGGAAACUGAGAAAUCCGCGUCGAAGACUGUGGAAAAACCGGCACAGCUGGGAGUUAAGGAACUCCUGUUCCGAUGUCCAAUGCUCGGGCCGCAGGCCCUGCCUCGGAAGGAGUUGGACGAGGAGCUGAAGAAAUUUUUGUUCGAGCAGCUGGAAGAGGAAAGGGGUUUGUCAGCGGCUUUGAUGAUCGUGACAUGCAACAAAAACGAAGCAGCCAUCAAGUCAUGCAUCGAUAUCCUGAGCAGGUAUCUCACGAAUAUCUUGGACCAUCCGGGCGAGGAAAAAUACCGGAAAAUAAAACUAUCCAACAAGGUUUUCCAAGAAAAGGUGAAGCCCGUCAUCGGUGCCGUCGAGUUCCUCGAGGCAGCUGGGUUCGCCGAGAAGACUCUGGAUGACGGAGAAGCUCAUUUGUGUCUGAGCGAAGAAGCCGACCUCGACAUGCUGCCAGCUCUGAAGGACGCACUCAGUACCGCUGAACCACUCGAGAUCGUUUUGGAUCGUAACCCCAAGGUACUUCUGCCCUCACAGUCCGCGGCACGCGUGAGCGUGCCGGACGAGUUCGCCAAUGUCACAGCGGAUAUACUCGCCAAGGCGCAGGCGGAUCGAGCCAGAGAAGUCGACCUGAUGACUCAGCUGAGAACUAAGGCCAUGAGGGAACGUGACUCGAAACAGGAGCAGCGAAGCUACAAGUAUACUCUCAUCAGGAUACGCCUACCGAAUGGCCUCAUGCUGCAGGGGACCUUCGAAGUCGCGGAGAAAUUAGCCAACGUCUACGAAUUCCUCAAAGACUGUCUACUCGAUUCUUGCUCGAACCCGGUACUGAAAAGCGGUGCAGAAGCUCUGACAGCCCACGAGCGGACGCUCGAAGACCUCAAGCUGUUCCCGGCCGCUGUCGUUAACUGUGUGGUCGAGGCUCCCCCGGAGUCCGACAUCCUCCGUCCGGAGUAUUUGGCUCUAGUCCAAGACGUAGACCAAGCGGCAGCUCACUGAGCUGGUCUCCGAAGCUGAUGAAUGAUUUUACAAAUGUUUCCUCAGAUCUUUCCUACUGUCCGUUAUUUAUUCAAGCCGUCUUUCGAGAGCAGUGUUCAUGGAACGGAGUGUCUGACUACAGUAACGAAACGGGCGCGGAACACGACGCCUACCCAGGGACUUUCUCCUAUGAGAUGAUCAUUAAAAGGACUUGCGUAAAGUCAAUAAAUGAAGCUGAUU